CACUUUAAUAAUUAUGACUCUGCCAGUAUGUAAUUAUCAAUCCGAAUGUUACCAUACCAAGCCACAGUAGUUGUGGUACUACUGUAGUGGUAUUUGUCAGCGCAUGCGCUUUACUAUUUAUUUGUCAAAUUCGUCUGUUGUUUUGCUUUCUCUUCUUUUCAGUAUUUCUGUCAUUUUGUGAUCAUCUGAAAUCUCAAACUGUCUUGUUUUACAACUUUUUCAAAUCUUUCAAAAAGUUGAGUCUUUUCAAUAAUUAAAACUUUUGAGCUGUACUGCGGAAAAUAAUGGUAUAUGACAGAUCACCCUCUCCAAGGCGUAGAAGAAGUAAAUCAAGAGAACGUGAACGAGUUAGAGAUAGAGAUGAAAGAGAUCGAAGAAGGAGACGCUCUCGAUCGCGAGAUAGGAGACGCAGAUCGGUUGAGAGGGAUCACAGACAUCGGCCCAAGUCGAGAUCGCGUUCCAGAUCGCACUCACCUGAAAGGGAUAGGGAGAGAGACAGAGACAGACAGCACGACAGAGAGAGGGAUCGCGAUAAAGAGAGAGAUAGACACAACAAACCCUCUCGAUCCAGUGCAUCUAGUCGACCAAAAGUGACAGAGGAAGACUUGGAAGGCAAGUCACCUGAAGAGCAAGAGAUGAUGAAAAUGAUGGGUUUCUGCGCAUUUGAUACAACUAAGGGGAAGAACGUCGAUGCCCAAGAAGAGGGAGCCGUGCACGUCAUUCUGAAACGAAAAUACCGCCAGUAUAUGAACCGUAAAGGUGGCUUCAACAGACCUCAAGUAUUUUUCGCUUGUGAUGUACACAACAUUUUUCCUCCAUAGACAUUUUUUUAUAGAAACUUCAAAUCAAAUCAUUUUAAUAACUUAUGUUAUUGGUGACAAUUUUUCCUAACAACAUAACCUAAAAUCUAAAACGUAAAACCCGGUCGUCUGAUUGGCACUGCCGAUUGCGCUAUCUAUCGGCA